GCCGAUUCCGCCCUGAUUAGAGGCAGAUCGGUUUCUUGAGAUUAUUAUAAUUGACUUACGGGACGACGUGAUUUAGGAUGCCUGCUUUCGCCGAGCGUGCGCGCUCCUCGCAAGAGGCUCUCCUCCGUCUCGAAAAGGGCACCGCGUCGCCGUCGUCGCAACUGAGCGAGGCCGCCCAGAUUAUCGGCCUGGACCUCGCGCUGUGCGCCAGUCAUCCGCGCAUCAACCGAACCCCUCAUGUACAGACUCACGCCGCCCCCAAGGAGGAAUGGGUCCUCCGAUGGCUCCUGAAGAAGCUGCGGAUGGGCAAGAACUAUCGCGUCGAGCCGACCUCGUUUCUCCUGCUCCGACAACUGAUCGAUCUCAUCCCGCCCAAAUCGCUGGCGACGACCCUGAAGGACCAGAAGUUCCUGGGCACCCUGGACCUUGCGAUCGCCGACUUGAAGGACGAUGUCUUUGCCGGUCUGGAGAAUGGAACGACGGAGCUGUUCCCCGCGGAUUCGGACUCCAGUCGGACGCUGGGCGAUUCUCCGCGCUCGAAUGGGGCACAGACGGACAAGAAGGGAACUAAGCGGAAGAGGGCUGGAGAUGGCGGUGGUGCGGACCCGAUGGAUGUUGAUGAUCAGCCGCAGACGCCGACGUCGUGCUUUUUGGCCUUUAUCCGCGCGCUGGAUUGUCUGUAUAGCCUCGUGAAGCUCCUGACAAGGGAGGCGGGAGUCGACGAGGUUGCCGCGUCUCAUCUGAAACAUGCGCUCAAGGGUGGAUCUGAGUCCGUGGCGGUCACGCUGGGGAAGGCUUUCAGUCUCGCUGCUGUGGCGACGUCCCAGUUUUCUACUCCGCGCAAGACGACUGACCUGCAACACUUGCUCUAUGUGCUACCCGCUGUCUUGGAUCUGUGGGAAUUGCGGUCUUAUCGCGGGGACGAUGCGAACAAUGGAUCGAGUAAUGAACAUUUUGGCAAGUACUGCUUCGAAAGCGCAUUGCGACUACAGUUUGCCGUCCGAUCUGUCCGCCUGGACACCGACGAGAAGAAUCAUGUUUUACAUGGGGUGGAGCGUCUGGUUGCUCUCCAUGUGGUGCUUCCGGCGCGCAUCGCAUUCUUCGAUAGAGGAGGAUCUGGUAUCGACUAUUCCGCCCCCGAGCCCGACUGGAGCGCAGUCAAGCCGGUUUCAGACACCUUUAGACCGAUUCUCGACGCCACGAACUCUAGUGACUCUAAGACCAAAGAUAAUGGUCUCUGGAAGACAGCCGAGCUGCUGCCCGAAUUCUUCGAUAUCGCAACUCGCUCAGUCCCCCGAGACACCUUCCGCCGCCAGACUCACGAGGCUCCUUGGUUGGAGACGCUGUUCGUUGCCGUAGCGGAGCUAGCGUUUUCCGUGGUCAAGACGGAAAACACCACGACAUAUGUCGCCGAGUUCGUCACCAUAUUGAAGGCUCUAUUCCGCGUCGUCCUCACCCGAAAUGUGCAACUGUCCCUCCACACCCUCCGUACGCAUGCAGCGUAUACCGGUCUUCUCAAAGAUGGCUUGUAUCAGGUUGAUUGGAGCCUCACUGCCCUUCUCAUUGAGCUGGGUGCCGAUAUCUUCCUUCCCAAUUCGGGCCUGGAUGAUGCGCCAAAACUGUUGGAAGCUCUAUUGGAGAAGAUUAUCCUCCAUUGGCGCAGCGGUGCCACCCAAACGGACAGCAACUACGACAUCAUCAAAAACGGCGUCGUGGUACCCUUACUGCGUGCGUUCAUGAGCGCCCGUGACCUGCCCUCCUUCAUGCAAGCGUGGUACGCGCAACUUAUCCUCGUGGAAGAGGCGCGGUCGCAGGACGGAAAGUUGAGCCUCUUCUCGGUGUGGGAGGAUGAUGACCUUUGCAAUGUCUACAGCGAUCUCAUGCGCAGUCCGCUUGUCCAGGCGCAUGCGACAGCGCAAAUGCGUGCCGCCGCGCAGGAGAUCAGGUCUAGCUCUGGAAAGGUAUCAGAUACCCCCGGAGCAUAUGCGCAAUUUGUGAUCUUGGAAGCCGGCUUGAGGAGUCGAAGCUUGAACUUCCCAGACGUUCACGAAGCCUUGACCUCUAUCGUCGAGACCAUGUCAUCGACCCUCUCCUCAAAGCAGACUUCCCACUGGCAAUGGCGCUUGUGGCGGUUUGCGCGCAAUCUUCUCGAGAACAACGUGCAAGCGACUGGCGAUCCCAUCAACGAAGCGAUCAUCAAGUUGGUUGACGUUGCUUCCAAAUCGAUCCGAUCUCUCCAUAAGAAGCAGUUGAAAGUUUCGUGUGGAGCUCUCGAGUGUUUCGAAGCGUAUCGGUUUGCCCUCACCGCGGUCAACGCGUCUGGAGACUGCCGUGAUGCCGAUAAAUUCAGCUCACUAACCGGCGACGUCGCCGCGUUCGUCCAAUCGGUAUCCGCGCAAGAUGCACUACUAUCCCUGGGAUCCUCGUGGGACGGCCGCACAGAGACUUUGGAUUCCGCUUCCUCGCUCGCCCUGGCCUAUAUCGUGACCCUCAUCCAUGACCCCUAUAUCUGGCCCCUUGUGGCCCCGGAGACUAGGCACGCUCUCUUUGCUCACUUGCUCACUUUGGCAACGUCGCAGUACCACUCUUCCUCGACGGCGUUGGAGACCGUGCACCCCGACGCGAGGUUUCUGCAAGCCUGGGCCGCCGUGGUAUGCCACGAAUACCUUCUCGCAGCACCUGCCAUCGCCGUCGAUCUGAUCAAGGUCCUCUCGACCCAAGUUAAAGAAGAUGUGUCGAGCCGCCAACUCCUCGUUGAGAGCUUGCAGAGAAUCCCCGCCCCGUUGGUCACGCGCCGGCAGAGAGCAACUCUGCUCGACUUGCUGCAGGAGGUCAUUCUUCAGGGUGACAGCCCGCCGACUGUCACCGUUGGGAUCUUGUCACUGAUGGCCAAACUGGCGGACAUGCCCAAAUCUACAGCCGGGUUGACCAACGACUGGGAGCCGAUGUGGACGAUGGCCAAGGCGGUUACGCUGCAGCGGACGGAUGUCGAUCUCCAGAUAAUGAAGGCGUUCCGGAAUCUCCACCGCGCAGUGAUCGCCAAGCUGCUGGUUCUGUCGGAGGACGACCGCCGUCGCAUGUUCAAGAAGAUGUCCAAGAAGGUCCUGGCCAAGGCGUCCAAGUUGCGGUCCCUCGACCGGGACUCGAUGGACUGCUUUUUCCUGCGGAUCUCCUUGUCCCAGAUCUGGAUCCACCGGAAGCAGCUCACGGGGGUUGUCGACGAGACGGAGCUCGCGACGUGCCGCCAGAAGGUGUUCAGCCUGGUGGUGAUGGAGGUGAAGUCGGUCAGGGAUCAGUGCAAGAAGCAGGAGAUGGGGGAGACCAUCACGCUGAUCAAGAUCCUGGAUGCGCUGGAAGAUUUCGAAGACCUUGCUACGGAUAACUCGGAUGUCGAGAAGUUCCUGCUGAAAAUCGAGAGCUACGUGGAAAAGUCGGUCGACUCGGGAUCUUCCCUGCGGCGACUCAUCCGGCGACGCGUGCUGGCCGGCCGGGGAUCCGAUCGGAGUAUCGUGUUGCCUGUGAUCCAGUCCGCCGAUUCUCUGCCCCUACAGCACAUGUAUGGCGAAGAGCAGCAGCUCUUUGUCCAGUCGACCACCGAACGGUUCCGGUCCUUGUCGCUGGAGGACUUGACGCGGGGGAUCCACGAAAUCCGGGAACUAGGCUUCACGGGCGACCACGCCGAGUACCACCUGCUGAUUGCAGGCCUCGCGGCGGCAUCUCUGCCUCCCCUCGACGACAAGGAGAGCGAGGCCACCAAGGCCCUGUCGCUGCUGUGUACGGCGGUCACCGAAUCGCUCCGCUUCAGCCGCACGAUCGAGCAGUUCACCCUCGCAACAGAGUGUCUCGACGUCAUCCUGCGCACUCACACGCGCAGCGUCAGCCAGUGGAACAUCGACAGCAUCCUGGUAGCCGUCACCGUGUGCGCGUCCAAGUCUGGGCCCCACAUCGACCCUGCAUUCUCAGCACCCAUCUACAUCCGCCUCUGCCGCCUAGUAGGAACGCUCCUAGGCCUCCACCGCCAGAAGCUAGGCGGACGCUUCCACCUCAUCCUCCCAGCCAUGCAGCGCCUCCUAAACUGUCUCUUCGCGCGGUCUCGCAAACGCACACGCUCAACCCUCACAGAAAAGAAACAAGCGCAGCAACCCUACUGGCUCGCACAGCUCGCACCCGCGCAUGCCGUGCACUUCACCCGGCUGCUAACCUCGCUCUGCGACCCAACCGUCUCAGCCGUGUCCCGGCCCACGCCAUUCGGCGCCAGCCACGACGGCCUAACCGAUCAGACUAAGAAAGCCAAGCGCAUCGCGGGCCAGUACCUGCAGUACCUGGUGAUGGAGUACGCGCAGAGCUCGCUCCGCGGAUCGCUGGCAGCGGACGUCAAGGCGGCGAUUAUGCCCGGACUGUAUGCGGUGUUCGAUGUGAUGUCUAAGGAUACCAUGCGGGCGCUGAAUUCUGGACUCGAUGUGUCGGGUCGGGCGGUGUUUAAGGCGCUGUAUGAUGAUUAUGUGAGGUUUGGGAAGUGGAACAAGGGGUGAUGUGAUCUUUAGAUCGGUAUCUUUCUGUUCAUGUCUUUAUAU